CUACUAUAUAACAAAUAAUUUUAGGCAUAUAAACUAAAAUGCAUGGCCGUUUGAAAGUGAAGACAACAGCUGAAAAGGAAGCAGAGAAGAACAAGAUACGCGAGAAGAAGAAGCAAGUUUAUCUGAAAUGUAUGAACAAGAUAAAGGGAAUGUACAACAGUGGGGACAGGUCUGUAGAGUUACUGAACAUCAUAACCAAAGUCCUGGAGAAUAUACCUGAGUUUAGCACACUGUGGAACUGGCGGAGAGUAGUGCUGUUGGACAUAUUCAGUAGUUGUAGUGAUGAGAAGCAGGAGAAAGAAAGUGAAACUGUUGUUAAAGAAAGUGAAACACUUGAAAAAGAAAGUGAAAGUGAUAAGACGUGUGAACGUGAGGCGCCUAAUAAAGCUGCUAUGAUACUAUCUGAGAAGUUGUUUGUAGCGAGAUGUCUGGACGUUAAUCCUAAAGCUUACUCUCUCUGGUCUCAUCGCAGAUGGCUCGUUGAACAGAAUACCUCAGAAUGUGUAAUAAAGGAGGAGUUAAACUUGUGUAAUCUCUUUCUUAAAUAUGACGCCAGGAAUUUUCACUGUUGGGACUACAGAAGGUUUAUCGUGAAACUAGGAGGUAUAAAGAUAGAGAGCGAAUUGGAAAUGUCCACGUCCCUGAUAGAAAGAAACUUCUCAAACUACUCUGCGUGGCAUUACAGGACCACACUAUUGGACACACAGGAUAUGGGCGUGGUCAGAGAAGAAUUGGAGUGGGCUCAGAACGCUUACUUUACUGACCCGUCUGACCAGAGCGUGUGGCUGUAUUAUCAGUGGUUACUAGGCAGAGAGACACAAGAGGAUAAGUUACUUGCUGUAUACAGGGACACAACUAACAGCACAAUUAACCUCCUCCUUAACAACCUCACCUACACUGCACCUACCAACAUUCAGAUACAGGAAAACAGUGAUAAUAACACUGAUAAUAGCACUGAUAAGAGCACUGAUAAGGGCAAUGUCACGUGGAACUGUCACAGUUUCCCAGCCAAACUGUGGUGGUGUGAUGCAACACACCUUUCUGAUAACGUAACAGUGAGUCUCGGUGGAGCUACUGUUACAUUGUGUAGUGGGGAUACGCUAGGAGUAGUACCAGGAGGAAUCUCACCCCGUAUAAACUACACAGCACCACAAGACAUAGUGCAGGAGCAACUGGGCAACAUCCGGGAAUUAUACGAACUGGAACCGGACAACAAGUGGGUUAUACUGACCUACCUGGACAUGGUCAACACUUGUAACCCUCAUAAGAGUAAAGAGCAGAUAACAGAGAUAAGGAACUUGACCGUGAAGCUGUGUCACGUGGACACCAUGAGGACUGGUUACUACAGAGACUUGUGGACCAAGCUGCUGUGCGAGACAGCAGUCACAGCCUGGUGGGCCAACAUGUCACGUGACAUCACAUCACGUGAUCCUCUAAACCUGUCUAAGAAGUACAUCACAAAGCUGGGGCACAGUGAGUAUAUGUUCGCGCUGCGCGAGCUGGAUCUCUCGCACAACAAUCUCACCAGUCUUACAGGGUUCUCAUCUCUAGUAGCGGUGGAGAAAGUUAACCUGUCGCACAACAAGUUACACUCGUUACAAGGGCUGGAGGAAUGUAAGAACUUGACGGAGCUGGACGCGUCGCACAACCUGAUACACAACGCGUGCGGGAUACUGUCGUGCACAAAGUGCAGAUUACGCGCGCUCUGUCUGCUGGGAAACCCCCUGGCAACUAGUUCAGUGUACCCUGGAUGUGUUGUUCAGUCCUGUCCUAUGCUGUGUCUACUUGAUAACAGAGAGCUCUGACAGGUUUUUUUUUGAUGAUUUGAAAAUAUUUCCUUGUGUUCUGUUUCAUUAUAUUAAUUGUGAUGAGACGAAGUAGGUAUUUACUUCUUUUAAUUGUUCGCGUGUUUUCACUUCCUGAAUGCAUAGAAAAAUUAGUAAAGUUAUCAAUAUGACAAUAUAAGAGAUCGGUGUAAAUGGCACAGUCGACAUAAAUAAAUUGAUUGCAUAUAACAAACGGUCUUGCUUCCUCUGCCGUUUUAGGAGGGUGCCAAAAGGAGCAGGAAUAAGAAGCCACUUAAUUUUAGGUUAAUCAAGGCACUUUACAUUGUAACGUUAAGUCACUGGCAAACUGCCAAAAGCUGUGUUGCCCAAGUGGUGGUGACUGGAUGUUAGCACUUGCCGAGCUUAAAAUUGUCGCAAAAACAAACUUCUUUAACACAGAGAUUAUGACGGGCACCAUGUGCUUUGGCAGGCGGCGAUUUAAAAAAGAGUUAGAAAAAAGCCACUGUUUAACGUUUGCAGCGAAAAUGCUAUGAUCAUAUUAUUAUGAAUGGCUUCGUUGUUACUUCGAUCUCUUAUGAAACUUUUGCCGCAAAAAUUGCAUAAAACGUUCUGUGUGGUACUCCUCUUUAUAAGAUUUAUUGUAUUAACCUUAAGACUGCUAGUUUAUAUGGGUGGAAUUAUUCUGUAUAACAUUUCAAGCUUCAAAGAGGUUUUCUGAGUAACUAUUUUCCAAGUUUAGUUUCGCCUAAGUUUAGUUUUCGGAUUGAUACUGAUUAAAGAGAAUAAAUGAAUGGUAUUACUCUUACUGAUCCAUAAUUUGGUUUAGCAGUCUUAUCAUCUAAGCAGCAGAUAGAUUUUGAUAUACGGACUUUAAUGAGUUAUUGAUCUUUGUUACGAAUGGUUUUGUAAUUUGAUUGCAUUUUAUGAUUUA